AUGGCUUUAGCCCAAGGCAGAUUCUGGUUGCCAGCGAGGAAUGAGGCCAGGGCUUAUGAUGAUUGUAGCAAGGAAGGAAGGCAAAGGAGUUGCACAAGGGUGUGGGCAAUAUCAGAGGUUAGGAAGGGGGCUAAGGUGGUUGGGAAGAGACUAGUGGUAGCCAGUGAAGGUGGAAGCUGCUGCCAAAGGGGUUACAAAUGUGGAGGUCUGAAUUUGAUUCUCGUUGGUCGAAAUCCCGAGAAACUCAAGGAGGUUUCGGAGUCGAUCGGAGCCAAAUUCGGGAAAACCCAGAUCAAGACUGUGGUUGUUGAUUUCUCUGGAGAUUUGAACGAAGGGGUUAAUCGGAUUCGUGAAACCAUUGAAGGUCUGGAUGUUGGAGUUCUGAUCAAUAAUGUUGGAGUUUCGUAG